AUGGAGGCUGUACCUCCCGUCACAUCCAGCCUCUGGGGGAUUCUGCUGCAGGUGGUGAGGCUGUCGGUGCUGUUGGUCCAGAACCGGGUUCACCUCUACAAUUUCCUGCUCCUCAAGAUCAUCCUCUUCAACCACUGGGUGUUGGGGCUGGCGCAGGAGGCCCGGGGGUCCCGCGACAGGGAGGCCCACCCAGCACCGGGAGUCGCAGCCUGCCCCCUUCGCCAGGCUCUCUGGGCUGGGCUGGCCCUGAUACGGGCCCCCGUGUGGCUGGCGCUGCGGGGACCCAGGCUGGUGUGGGCGGGUGUGCUGGGCUGCGCCCGGGCCUCGGGCCUGGCCCUGCUGGGUGCCUGGGAGCGGCUGGGCCUCUCUGUGGCCAUCUGGACAGACCUGCUUCUGUCAUGUCUGCACGGCCUGAUGCUGGUGGCCUUGCUCAUGCUGCUGCUGACCUGGAGGCUGUGCCAGAAGGCCCAGCGCUUCAGCCUGGGCUGGCUGCCCAGCAAGGCCCUGCAGGAGAACCAUGCGGUGCAGGGGCCCCUGGCCCUGCUGAUGCGUCUGUACUGGUGGGCGGAGAGCACCACAGCACUCACCUCCUGGCACCUGGCCUAUCUCGUCACCUGGACCACCUGCCUCGCCUCCCACCUGCUGCAGGCUGCCUUCGAGCACACGGCCCAGCUGGCCCAGGAGGCUGAACCCCAGGAGCCCUCAGGGUCCUUGUCAGAGCUCCAACUCCAUGAGUCCUCAGCCCCCGUGGCUGGGCCAGUCCUGCCGGAGCAAGGAACCCCUGGAGAAUAA